AUGUCUCCGGACGCGAGCACUCCUCGCCCCAAGCGGGCUCAACGGCCGAUGACGCUACACCACAAAGACAGAGGAGAAACCGUGCUCGGGGACCCCAGCGAAGGGCCGCCGGACGCAGCCCCUAUAGUCACAGAACCAGACGAACCCCAGAGUGAGGGCGCGAACAGGCCCCGACGGCCGGAGAGGAGACGCCGGGCCACGGCACACCUGGCCGACUACGUCCUGGGCAUCCUCAUCGCACCAUGCGCCGCGGCGCCACCCACCGGCCCAAUUGCCCCCGCAGCGGCCGAGGCGGCGUCCGCCCGCGCCACCGCGCCAUGCGCCGCGGCACCGCCCACCGGCCCAGCUGCCCCCGCAGCGGCCGAGGCGGCGCCCGCCCGCGCCACCGCGCCAUUACACCAUGUAUUCAGGUGCUGUAUCUACCUAACGUUACCACCUGGCGUCGAGGACUGA